AUGGUUGCAACACACAACAACGUCAGCGACCAUGAUGUCCGCGACGAAAAGCUUGAACUCGCCGAGGUUGAGGUGGUUCACGCUCGCGGCAACAUUCCUCCCAUUGAGAUUCAGGCUCGUUUCCCUCUUCUGAGGGAUCUCUCUGAGACCCAGAUGGCAGCUCUCAACAAGAGCGUUCUUCGCAAGGUUGAUUGGCACAUGAUGCCUUGUGUCACUCUCAUGUUCCUCAUGAACUACCUCGAUCGAAUCAACGUCUCCAACGCUCGUCUGGCCGGUCUCCAGGAAGAUCUCGGCAUGUCUGAUACGAUCUGGAACACUGGUAUCUCUACAUUCUACGUCGGUUAUCUCAUCGGCCAGCUCCCCGGUAACCUCAUCAUGGCCAAGACGAACCCCAAGCUUUUCCUUCCCGUUGUCAUGCUCAUGUGGAGUGCUGGAACCAUCUGCAUGCCCGCCAUGACCAACGGCGUCGGUUUCUGUGUCGUCCGCUUCUUCAUCGGUUUGAUGGAAGCUCCUUUCUUCCCCGGUCUGACUCUCAUGACUUCUUCCUGGUACACCAAAGAGGAGAGUCCCUUCCGAAUGGCUAUCUGGCACGCUGGUAACACAAUCUCAAACAUCAUCUCUGGUUUCCUCGCCGCUGGUAUUCUUGAGCAUAUGGACGGCAUUGCUGGCAUGCACGCUUGGCAGUGGUUCUUCCUCAUUGAGGGUAUCGCCUCCGUUGUCAUCGCUAUCGUCGCCUUCUUCGUCCUCCCCUCUUGGCCUAAAGACACCAAGUUCCUCACUGAGCAGGAGCGCGAGAUGGCUCAGUACCGUAUCCUCGUCUCCAACGGUGGUAUCGAUGAGGGUGUUGGUGGAACCUGGGAUGGUGUCAAGGACGCUGUUCGCGAUCCCUUCACCUGGUACUUCUGCCUCAUGCACUUCGCCCUCGUCACUGCUCAGAGCUUCAAGGAUUUCCUUCCUUCCAUCAUGAAGACCUUUGGCUUCAACAAGAUGACCACCUACCUCAUCCAGGCUCCUCCCUACGCUCUUGCCUACAUUGCCGCCUGUCUCAUCGCCUGGUCUUGUGGUCAUUUCAUGGAGUCCACAUACCAUAUUGUCAUCCCCAUCAUCCUCUCUGCUGCUGGUUGCGGUAUUCUCAUCGGUACCAUCAACGUUGCCGCUCGCUACAUCGGUAUCAUCCUUCUCGUCUGCGGUACCUACAACGGUCUCAAUUUGCAGCUCUCUUGGGAAACCACUGUCGUUCCCGCUCCUCGUGCCAAGAAGGCAGCUCUUAUCGCCAUCGCCAACUGUAUCAGUCAGGUCAGCCAUUGGUUCAGCCCUUACUUCUAUCCCACAAGCCAAGAGCCUUUCUACCGCAUGGCUGGUGGUCUCCUCCUUCUUGGAUGUGCCCUGACUAUUGUGUCUGCUUUCCUCGUCCGAUGGAGAGCUAUCAAGCUCAACAAGAAGCUCGACGAGCAAGAGGGCUGGACCGAGAACUCUGGUGUCGAGCGCGGCUGGCGAUACAAGUACUAA